UUUGAUUGAAAACAGAGCUGCUCUUCCUGGAACUCCGUCUUGGUGUGUGGUCAGUUUCAAAGAUUCCUGCAGGGAAGUGCAGUGUGUGCAUGCUGAACAUGAAGGGGAGUGUGGCGGUGCUAUGCGCCGCUUUGCUGCUCCUGUGCGGUGCCCUGGAGUGCGGGGGUAGCACGGGUUCAAGCACCGCGCUUUCAGGACGUGGAAUCACAGGUGUCCAGCCAGGGCAGGGCAGGGGUCCGGAACAACGACGGAAAGAGGAGCCGCUGCAAGAUCGGAGGGAUGAGGGGGUCAUGGAUGACCCCAACGUAGAAGGGGAGGCUGACAAGCCCAAACCAAAGACCAAGAAGUCCCCUGAGGAAGUCCUGGCAGCCAAAGCUAAGAAAGCAGCUGAGAAGGAGGCCAAGGCCAAGAAGCAGAAAGCCCCCAAGCCCACCAAGAAACCAAAGCCCCCGAAACCCACGAAGAAGCCCAAGCCCACCAAGAAGCCAAAGCCACCCAAGCCCACGAAGAAACCAAAGGAAAAAGUCACCAAGGACAAGGACGAGGGCAAGAGGGAGGAACGGCCCCCAACCAGGCAACCCAGCAUAGAGGAGGAGGAGGAGAGGCUUUUGAUUGAGCUUGGCUGGGACAAGUUGAUUCCCACAGUGACACACAAGGAACCUGAAGAGGAGAAGCCUUUAUACCCAGAACCUGUGGAGCCAACACCACCAGCCACUGUAACCAAGAUGCUGAAGGAGCAUGAUGAAGACUACUGGGAUGCCAGAUAUGAGGUGCCAGAACCCUUCCCUGACCGCAAGAAGGCAGUCCCAACAGUGGACUGGCACCAGCCUGUCCCAGCAGGGUCAACUCCCCCACCCUAUGAAGUUCCAUGGUAUGAAGAAUAUGACUAUGGAGAAAUCGCUGCAAGGAAGAUGGAAGAAGAGAGGGAAAAAGCAAGAAAAGAGAAGGAGGAAAGAGCGGAGAAACAGAGGAAGCUGUGGGAGGAGGAGGAACGUGCCAGAGCUAAGCAGACGCCUGUCCUGACUGAGCCAAAGAAGUGCCCCCCGCUUGGGUUGGAGUCUCACCGGGUGGAGAAUGACCAGCUGCUGGCCUCAUCCAUGUCCCAUCACGGCCUGGGCCCACAGAGAGGACGCCUCAACAUGCAGGGUUCAGACGAUGAGGAUGAUGUGUACGGGGGAGCCUGGUGCGCUGAUCCUGAGGAGAGGGACCACUGGUUUGAAGUGGAUGCUCGGCGUGAGGUCCAGUUCACUGGCAUCGUUACCCAGGGCAGGGACUCCCAAAUACAUGAAGAUUUUGUCACCUCGUACCACGUGGCCUUCAGCAAUGACAGUCGAGAUUGGACAGUGCUUCAUGACGGCUAUGCAGAGUGGCUGUUCUUUGGGAAUGUGGACAAGGACACGCCAGUGAUGUCACAGCUGGCUGAGCCCGUGGUGGCCCGCUACAUGCGCAUUUUACCACAGAGCUGGAACGGCAGUCUGUGCAUGAGGGUGGAGGUGAUGGCCUGCCAGCUGACCAGCCGCUUUCAGAGCGAGAAUGAGGUCACACCUGCGGAUGACUUAGACUUCAGGCAUCACAACUACAAAGAGAUGAGACAGCUGAUGAAAGUGGUGAACGAGGAGUGCCCCAACAUCACCAGGAUUUACAACAUAGGGAAGAGCUCCCAGGGGCUAAAGAUAUAUGCCAUGGAGAUCUCCGACAACCCCGGGGAGCAUGAAACAGGUGAGCCGGAGUUCCGCUACACGGCUGGCCUCCACGGAAACGAGGCACUGGGGAGGGAGCUGCUGCUGAUGCUCAUGCAGUUCCUGUGCAAGGAGUACAACGAUGACAAUCCGCGAGUGCGCCGCCUGGUGGACGGAGUGCGCAUCCACCUGGUGCCCUCGCUCAACCCCGACGCCUAUGAGCUGGCUUACGAAAUGGGCUCUGAAAUGGGCAACUGGGCUUUAGGCCACUGGACAGAAGAAGGGUAUGACAUCUUUCAGAACUUCCCUGACCUCAACAGCAUCCUGUGGGGGGCAGAGGACAGAGGCUGGGUCCCAAGGAUCGUACCCAAUCACCACAUUCCCAUUCCGGAGAACUUCCUGUCCCCAAAUGGCUCGGUUGCUGUGGAGACCCGCGCUAUCAUUGCCUGGAUGGAGAGGAACCCGUUCGUCCUGGGGGCCAACCUCCAGGGAGGGGAGAAGCUGGUGGCGUACCCCUUCGACAUGCAGCGGCCCGCCAAGGCAGGAACGGACAGCCGGGCGGGCCGGCGCAGGGGGCGCCAGGGCGAGGAGUACGAGUUCAACGAGGAGACGUGGGCACGGAUCCAGAGGCAGAAUGAGGGCGAGCUCCGGGAGACAGCCGACGAUGCCAUGUUCCGCUGGCUGGCCACGUCCUAUGCCUUCAGCCACCUCACCAUGACCGAGACAUACCGCGGAUCCUGCCACACUGACGACGUCACCGGCGGACAGGGCAUCAUCAACCGUGCCAGCUGGAAGCCCGUUGUGGGCAGCAUGAAUGACUUCAGCUACCUUCACACCAACUGCUUUGAGCUGUCCAUCUUUGUGGGCUGUGAUAAGUUCCCCCACGAAAGUGAGCUGGCACAGGAGUGGGAGAAUAACCGUGAAGCCCUGCUGGCCUUCAUGGAGCAGGUCCAUCGUGGGAUCAAAGGCGUUGUGAGAGAUAUGGAGGGGAACCCUCUCGCCAAUGCCACAGUGUCUGUGGAGGGGAUCAGGCAUGAUGUCAAAACAGCACCCACAGGUGACUACUGGCGUCUCCUGAACCCAGGAGAGUACCGGGUGACAGCACGUGCUGAAGGUUACACCCCCCAGACACGGCUGUGCAUGGUUGGCUACGAAGCAGGGGCCACGCCUUGCAGCUUCACCCUGAACAAGUCCAACUGGGAACGCAUACGGCAGAUCAUGGCCCUCAACGGGAAGAGGCCCAUCCGACUGGUCACCCAGAGUGCGGGCAGCGCAGGAACCGGAAACAGGGGUGGAACUGGGAACACGAAUGCGAACGCAAACGCGAACAGGAACGGGAAUGGGAACGGUAACGGUAACGGGCAGGUCGUCAGGGCAGGCACCGGCGUUGUCCCCGGCUCCCGCCAAGCCCGUCUGCGUCGUCUGCGCAUGAUGCGUUUACAGCGACUGCGGCUGCAGAGGCUGAGAGGCAACCUCACUACGACCGUGCCACCAACCACGACCACCACCACCACCACCACCACCACGCCCAUCCCCUCCACCACCACCACCACCACCACCGAGCUCCCAACGGAGACCACUACUUCCUGGUAUGAUUCCUGGUUCCCCGUGGAUGAUCCCGUAACCACCGGCGAUGCUCUACUCCCUGAAUCCGAGCCCACACAGGACUACAACUUUGAGUACAGAAUAGACGACUAUUAAACUCCCAAUUAACAGCACACCACCUUCAUGCCAUGGCGGGCGUGCAACAGGGCCGUCCCGUCAAAUGCCCGUCACAUUUGUAUAUGUAUGUCUUAAAGCGUGCCCUGCCUCCAGAUCUUUGAGCAAAAAUACUUUUCCCACUGGCCUACACAUAUGUGAGCACGUUCUUGUAAAGAGCCUGUAGAUGUGGUUCCUCCUUUCUGUUGAGCAGAAAAGAGACAUCUAAAUUCCCUCCCAACCCGGUCAGAUGGUGGCCUCUGAAGAAUGAACUGAAACUGAAGUGGACUCUCGUUUCAGGCAUUGAACAAAGGCCUAACCCAUGAAUGUAGUUUAUAGAGACUAAAGCAGCACAGUUGAUAUAAGAAGAUUUGUCUAGUAACAGACAAGAGGAAAUCUUGAUACAAAUUUGAGAAUCUCAUUACUUGUGAGUUAACUCCAAGCAAGCCAAAUACACAAGCAAAAAAAACAAAUCAACA